CCCGGAAGUGGGGGCGCGCCCCGAGGCCCGCUCCCUGGCCGACCCGUGAGUCCAGCUGGGAGCGGCCAGGUGUGGGCUCCCUUCAGCGCGAGAUGGCGGCGGCGGCGGUGAGCGGAGCCAAGCGGAGCCUGCGGGCGGAACUGAAGCAGCGAUUACGAGCCUUGAGCGCCGAGGAGCGGCUGCGCCAGUCCCGCCUCCUGACCCAGAAGGUGGUCAUUUCCUGUCAGGUGAUGGCCCACAGCCGGUACCAGCGUUCCCAGAGGAUCUCCAUCUUUCUGAGCAUGCAGGAUGAGGUGGAGACGGAAGAGAUCAUCCGGGACAUUUUUCGACAAGGCAAAACCUGCUUCAUUCCCCGCUACCAGUCCCAGAGCAACCACAUGGACAUGGUGAGACUGGCAUCACCUGAAGAAAUUCCUUUACUUCCCAAAACGUCGUGGAACAUCGCGCAGCCUGCCGCUGGUGAGGCGCGGGAGGAGGCCCUGUCCUCGGGAGGACUGGAUCUCAUCUUCAUGCCAGGCCUGGGCUUUGAUGAAGACGGCAACAGGCUGGGCCGGGGUGGAAGCUACUACGAUGCCUACAUCAGGCGCUGCCUCCAGGGCCAGGGGCAGAGGCCCUACCUCCUGGCCUUAGCCUUCAAGGAGCAGCUCUGCCCCCGGAUCCCUGUGGGUGACCAGGACAUGAGGGUGGACGAGGUCCUCUAUGAAGACGCAGACAUAGAUGACAGCUCCGUGCCUUAGUCCCGGGACUGCAGACCAGCCACACAGCAGUGCCUUCUACCAGUGUGCCUGCCCUCUCACAGCUUGGAAGUCAGG